GGCUCUGCGCAGUGACGGAGCAGCGGGCUGCAGCGCGUCUGUGUGCGGAGCUCCGCCCUCCCUGCGCACUGCGGCCCGCCCAGCGCCCGCUAACUCCCGCUCCAGCCCUGCCCGAGUCUGGGGGAAUCCGACGGCCUGCCUGCGUGCCUGGGGAAAAUCUGGAGGCCGCCCCGCGCGUCGAUCUACGUUGUGCCGUGGCCAAUGAAGAAUAAAGACGAUGGAUGAGGAGGUGACCAGGCUUGCUCUCCGUUCCCAAGAGCCAAAGAUUAUACUGCAUGGCUCAGAUGAGGGCGGAGCUGGGGAGGAGGAGGAGUACGUGGUGGAGCUGCAGGAGACGGUGCUGGUGUCUGAGGUGGAGGGCGAGGCCGCCUCCGUCCAGGGCUUCUCCUCCGACGAGCUCGUCAUCCAGGACGCAGUGGAGGAUGUGGUCGCCGAGUACGUGCACUGCGAUGAUGACGAGGGUGUUGCUGUGGAGACCUGUGUGAUGUCACUGGAGGGGGAGGAGGAAGAGGAGGAUGGUGUUGCCAUGGCAGAGAUGACGGAGGAUGUUCUGGUGACGGAGGGCAGGGAUGCUGAGCACGACUCGGACGGCUGCGGAGAUUACCUCAUGAUCUCCUUGGACGAGGCGGGGAAGAUGGUGUCUGGAGACGGAGACGAGGUGACCGUCGAGGGGGCGAUAGAUGACCAGGAGGUGGAGAAGGACGAGGACGGACAGGAAGUUAUUAAAGUUUACAUCUUUAAAGCAGACUCUGGAGAAGACGACCUCGGAGAGCCGGUGGAUCUGGGUGAGAACGAGGCGGUGGCUCUGGCUGAACCUGUGGUUCGUCCGCUCAGAGAGAAGAUGGUCUACAUGUCUGUGGGAGACGCUCAUCACACACCGACUGAUGGAGGAUCGAAGCUCUCGGACGAGGUGUACAUGGAGGUGGUGGUGGGAGGAGAAGAGCCGGUUCCUCACGACAGAGCGUAUGACAGCACGGCUCUCAGCAAGGACUUCAUGCCUGUCGCGUGGGCCGCUGCAUACGGUGCGGAUGAGGGCUGUGAGAACCGUAACGGAGCAGCGAGCGCAUUACUGCACAUUGACGAGUCGGAUGCACUGGACAAACUCAACCGGCAACACGGCAAGAACAAGAGACGAGCUGAACCCCGACAGGUCCAAACAGCGAUCAUCAUCGGUCCGUAUGGACAGCCUCUGACCGUCUAUCCCUGCAUGCUGUGCGGCAAGAAAUUCAAAUCCCGCGGCUUCCUCAAGCGCCACACUCGCAACCACCACCAGGACGUGUUGACUCGCAAAAAAUACCAGUGCACGGACUGCGACUUCACCACCAACAAAAAAGUCAGUCUGCACAACCACAUGGAGGUGCACGCGCUCAGCAACAAAGCACCGUUUGAAUGCGAGACCUGCGGUAAGGAGUUCCACCAGCAGGCGGCGCUGUUCUCGCACCGUCUCCAGCACCACCAACAGGAGCAGAAAUCGCCCACGGCCAUCGCAUCGCCGCCUCCUCCCGCCGCCGCGAACAAGACACACAAAUGCAAGUUUUGCGAUUAUGAGACUGCCGAGCAAGGGCUGCUCAAUCGCCACCUGCUGGCCGUGCACAGUAAGAGCUUUCCGCACAUUUGCGUGGAAUGCGGCAAGGGUUUCCGCCAUCCGUCGGAGCUAAAGAAACACAUGCGCACGCACACCGGCGAGAAGCCGUACUCGUGCAUGUACUGCGAUUACAAAUCUGCCGACUCGUCCAAUCUGAAGACGCACGUGAAGACGAAGCACAGUCGCGAAUUGCCGUUUCACUGCGAGCGCUGCGGCCAGACCUUCGGCGAGGAAGACGAGCUGACGCAGCACGCGGCUACACACGAGGACGCUCGGGGACACCAGUGCAGUCACUGCGACCAUCGCAGCUCCAACUCCAGUGACCUGAAGCGACACGUCAUUUCCGUGCACACUAAAGACUACCCGCAUAAAUGCGCUGUCUGCGGGAAAGGCUUCCACCGGCCGUCCGAGCUUAAGAAACACUCGGCGUCGCAUAAAGCCAAGAAACUGCACCAGUGCCGCCACUGCAACUUCAAGAUCGCAGACCCGUUCGUUCUCAGCCGCCAUAUCUUAUCCGUUCACACUAAGGAACAGCAGCAGCCGGCCCAGUCGCCGACUCCGCCCACUCAGGCGUCGCCACCACAAGCCCCGCCCACAGAAAAGCCUGCCCCCAAGAGGACUAUAAGUGCGGCGCAGUUAGCAGCGCCCGCUGUAAAGAAAUCGGGCGGCUCGAAGGGCCCGCGAGAACGGAGGGUGUAUCAAUGUCAAUAUUGCGACUACAGCACAGGAGACGCGUCUGGCUUCAAAAGACACGUUAUUUCCAUCCAUACUAAGGACUAUCCUCACCGCUGUCAGUACUGUUCGAAGGGCUUCCGGAGACCUUCAGAGAAAAACCAGCACAUUAUGAGGCACCAUAAAGACAUGGUGCCAGCAGAAUGAGCUCCUCCUCUUCCGUAAACACACUAAACAGCCAGUGAUUGGAAAUCACCAUCCUUCAUUUUGGCAACCUCCGUAUUGGGCUUCUUACCAAGACCCCUCAUGCAUAGCAGUGUGUGUGUUGUGUUUGUAUGCGAGAGAAAAGGGUUUAGUGACAUAGUGCUUUCACGUUGUUUAUGAUCACAUGGUCUCUCCAGUCUUAAAGGAACAGUUCAGCCAAAAACCAAAAUUCGGUUGUUAUUCAUUCACCCUCGUGUCAAAAGCUGUAUGCAUUUCUCUGUUCUGCUAAAGAAAAUCUGCAUUUAGUUCCCAUUGACUUCUAUUCUAUAGGAACACAAAUUAAGAUAUUUUGAAUAGUUUUGGUAACCGAAGAGUUUCAGUUCUCGUUGACUUCCAGUGGAAAUAACUAAACUGUUUUGGUUCCCACUUAUGUACUUUGUAACACAAAAAAAGAUACUUUGACGAAUUUGGGUAUCCAUACUAUUUCUGUUUCCAUUGACUUCCAUUCUAUCUUUUAUUCGUACAAUGGAAGUCAAUAGGAACAGAAACCAUUUAGUUGCUGGGUUUCUUCAAUAUGUCUUCCAGAAUAGAAAGUCGAACACAUUUUGAACACUAAAAUUUAAAAUGAGAAAAUAAUUUACUUGCUCUCAUGUUGUUUAAAAUUAGAAGAUUUUCGGCCAAGGAAUGUAAAAAAACAACUGAUUUUUUGUUAUAAUAUUAUCAUUAUAAUAAUGUAUUAUAAAUAUUAAAAUAAUACUUGUGCAUUAUGUUUCAGACUUUCUGAAGUCUUCUGAUAUAUUUGUGUGAGGACGGACCCAAAUUUAUGUUGUUGUUCAUUGGAAAUCUUCCCCUUCACUUUAGAAAUUAAUAAUUAUAAAAGCUAGAGGGUGAGUAAAUAAUUAAUUUUUUAUUUUACUUUUUGGCUGGACUAUUCCUUUACCUGUAGAUGUUUUAUGUUUUUCAAUGCAUUUCAGUUUGGUUUUGUCAUCUGAGUAGACUCACAUGUGCAUCCAGCUUCUGGGAUCAGGUGCAUAUUCCUGAAGCGUUUCAGAGUCAUCGAGUAGCUAACAUAACCUCUCUGAAACGCUUUAUGAAUAUAAUGUGAUUGAUAUCAGUCUUGCACUUUAUUAGCAUGUCGGUCUGAUAGAUAGCUGUUUGAAAAACACCAGGACACCAGGAAAUGUUUUUAAUAUUCAGAAACACGUCAGAAAGGUAGAUAUCAGGCUGUUUUUCAUUGGCUCUGAGGACAUUGCCUUAUUUUGAUAUCUGGUCUCUCAAACCUUUAAUGAUGGUAAAAAGUGCAUUUGAUCUAAUUUGAUGAAGAUGAUGAGGGGAAAACAGAUGCAGCAUUAUCUAUAACCAUGAAUUAAAAAAAGCCAUUCAUGUCAUUUUUUAUUUAAAGAUUUAUUAAAAAAUAAAAAAUUUCAAUCACAUUUUUUUUAACUUCCUGGAUCGAGUCCAUGCAGCUCAUGAACAAAGUUGAUUUAUAAAGCAUCUCCGGCACCUCAGAUCUCAGGCAUUUUGGGUCUGUGAGACCAGAUAUAACCCCUCUAGUCUGUGUAAUUAUAAGAAAGCUUGAAUUCUUCGCUGAUAGGACAGAUUUUAAUCAUGAAAAAGGUAAAUGUUUUCUCAUGUUCUAAGUUGACUUCAAUGCAUUUCUCUUGGAUGUAUGGGACCACAGAGAUGUGUAGUUAAACUCAUGUAAAGAGCACGUCUGGCUCAAAUCUAACCCCAAAAUCGAGAAAAACUACAACAUAAUAGCAUUUUCUUUUCUACUUUUAUGCAAAAUUAAAUACAAGUUGUUUUGCAGUAAAUAUUUUAUGUUACAGAUAUGUAAAUAACCAUCGGACAUUGAAUUGGAAUUAUUGGAACUAAAAAUAGCACCUACACUGAAAAAUGGUGUAAAAAGGAUUUCCACUUUUCACAAUUAAUUACAAAAAAUCAGCAAGUAAGACACUAAACCUCUGAAGUAGAAAGACUUUAAAUAGUAUUUUCUUGGAAAACUAUCUCUGCUAAAUGAUGUUUCUAUAUAUAUCUUUCAACAAAAAAAAAAAAUCCACUGUAUUUCCAUCUUGAUACUUCAGCAUUUCACGUUUACUUCAAUGUGUUAUUUUCUAUUUUUUUUGGAAAUAUGUGCAAUUUACAGAGUGAAAAUUACUUUUACACCAUUUUUUUGUAUAAAAAUCAAAUAGAAAAUAUUUAUUGCUACACAAUGAUUUGUAUUUCAAAUUUUACCACUGAUGGUUUAGCAUAUUAGGUUUAAUAGGUUCAAAAUAUUAAUAAUAAUUUAAAUUUCUUUCGUUUCUGGGGUGAAAUUUGACCUGAGCGUGUAUCUUUUUUUUAUUUGAGACUCGGUCAUAUGAAUUGUAAACAUACACUAUAUAAGAUUCAAUAUGCCAAUUAUGUGUACCAAAGUACCAAGUGUUUUGAUAACCUUAUUGAUAAGUCAUCAUGCCAAUUUCAUCUCUCAACAAGCUGUAUGAGUUUCAUUUGAAAAGGACAGCUCCGAGGAGAUUACAGAUGUUGUUUUUGCGUGUGUGUGUAUGAUUAUGGUUGAUGAUUUUUCUGGUUUAUCUUUAAAGCAAUGCAUCAGAUAUGUUUGCCGUUGCCAAUAACCUUUCCACCAGGUGACCGUCUCGUCUUGGCGACUUCGUAAGUGGUGUUCACAUACAGUCAGUGCAAAUAUACAAUAACACCCACUAAUUGUCUUAAACAGUCGCUGUCAGACCUCACUGAGAGCGUGCUCUAGGCUGGCAUCCUUUACUCGUUACCAAAACAUGACCCAAAGCUGGAAUCGACAAGGCGAGUCGUCUUAGAAAUGCGCUGUUUUGUGUUUUUAGUCGAAUCGAAUUAUGCUUAUUCGGGUCACAACUCCACUAACCUGUGAUGGAUGAUGUCAUAUCCAGCUUUGCAUGUGAUUGGCCAGAGGUUUCCAGCGGGACUCGACCUGGAAGCACUGAAACAGCCUCCCAUUGUGUCCAAACAGCACCAUUAGCAAUGAUUAGCAAAAACGAUGCCAUCGGUCGGAAAGGGAAGCACUUCCCGAGCCUUUCCUCCCUCUCUCUCUCUCGCUCUCUCCCUGUGAUCAUUUUUAUACUGCAGAUAUUUAUUUGGUCACCGUUUAAACUUUGUUGUAUAGUUAAAUGUAAGUAGGAAUCUAUGGGACUAUAACUUAUUGUUUUGUACACUGAUCUGUAAAGAGAGAGUGUAGAUGUAAACACUUCGGAAAGAGGACUUCAGAACUUUGUGUUGUCAUGGAUGUAUCUUCACAUUUGUUUAAAAAAUGAUAAAAAAGGAAAUAAAAGGCAAAGUAUU